AUGGGAAAGAAGAAGACUGUUGGGGGUGGAGAGAAGGGUAAACAAGGAAAGAAAGAGAAGCUGCCGGUUUCAACCUUGCUUGCCAGCAUGGACCAGAAACCUGACAAGGCAAAGAAAGAAAGUUCCUCGAGCUCUGGUGGCCGUAAACCCAAGCCCAAAGCUGCUCCAAAGUUGCAAUCAUAUGCAGACAUUGAUCUUCCUCCUUCAGAUGAUGACGAAGAUGAUGUAGAGCAUCUGUCCACAGAAGACGAAUAUCAAAGUGAAGGAGGCAAAAAGUCCACUAGGAGACAGAGGGCAGAAGAUACGAUGCUUGAGAUAUCCAUCACUGAUAAAGAGUUACAAAAACGCAAAAAGAAGGAGAUGAUUGCCGAGCAAGCAUUAGAGCAGGCAAAGCAAGAGGCUUUAAAAGAUGACCGUGAUGCAUUUACAGUGGUGAUUGGUGCUCGCGCUGCGGUGCUUGAUGGUCAAGAAGAAGCCGAUGCAAACGUAAAAGAUAUAACAGUAGAUAAUUUCUCAGUCUCGGCCCGGGGGAAAGAGUUGUUGAAGAAUGCAUCUGUGAAAAUCUCUCACGGAAAGAGGUAUGGUUUGGUGGGACCAAACGGCAAGGGGAAGUCCACUUUGUUAAAGCUUUUGGCAUGGAGGAAGAUUCCUGUGCCUAAGAACAUAGACGUUUUAUUGGUCGAACAGGAAAUAGUUGGUGAUGACAGGACAGCUAUUGAAGCUGUAGUUUCAGCAAAUGAGGAGCUUAUUAGGCUACGGCAAGAGGUUGCAUUAUUGAUGGAAUCUUCUGCGUCGGUGGGGGAGAAUGAAAAUGAAGCUGAAGAUGAUGCUGUGGAUAAUUUGGAGAAACUUGCUGAAUUGUAUGAUAAGUUGCAAAUUAUGGGUUCAGAUUCUGCCGAAGCUCAAGCCGCAAAGAUCCUUGCAGGUUUGGGUUUUACUAGAGUUAUGCAAGGCCGCACAACCCAAUCAUUUAGUGGUGGAUGGAGGAUGAGAAUUUCAUUGGCUCGAGCACUGUUCAUGCAACCUACUCUGUUGUUAUUGGAUGAACCAACCAAUCAUCUUGACCUUAGAGCUGUUCUCUGGUUAGAGGAAUACUUAUGUAGAUGGAAGAAAACUCUUGUUGUUGUCUCACAUGACAGAGACUUUCUGAAUACAGUCUGCAAUGAAAUAAUUCAUCUUCAUGAUUUAAAACUCCACCUGUAUCGUGGAAAUUUUGAUGAUUUCGAAAGUGGUUACGAGCAGCGCCGCAAAGAGAUGAAUAGGAAAUUUGAAACUUAUGACAAACAGGUGAAAGCUGCAAAGAGGACUGGGAACCAGAAACAACAAGAGAAAGUUAAAGAUCGAGCAAAAUUUGCAGCAAAAGAAGCCAAGAAGAAGGGGAAGGGUAAAGUCGACGAGGAUGAGGAGACUCCAGUAGCCCCACGGAAGUGGAGAGAUUAUACAGUGCAGUUUCAUUUUCCUGAACCCACUGAAUUGACACCACCAUUGUUGCAGCUUAUAGAAGUGAGCUUUAGUUAUCCAGGAAGAGAGGACUUCAAGCUAUCUAAUGUGGAUGUUGGGAUCGAUAUGGGUACACGUGUUGCUAUCGUGGGGCCGAACGGAGCUGGAAAAUCCACAUUAUUGAACCUUCUUGCUGGAGACUUGAAUCCAACAGAUGGCGAAGUAAGGAGGAGUCAAAAGUUGAGAAUCGGGAGAUACUCGCAGCACUUUGUUGAUCUAUUGACAAUGGGUGAAACACCUGUUCAGUAUCUUCUUCGUCUUCAUCCAGAUCAGGAGGGUUUCAGUAAGCAAGAGGCUGUUCGUGCGAAGCUUGGUAAAUUUGGUCUCCCCAGCCAUAAUCACCUGACCCCAAUUGCUAAAUUAUCUGGAGGACAAAAAGCUCGAGUUGUUUUCACCUCAAUCUCCAUGUCUAAUCCCCACAUUCUGCUUCUGGAUGAGCCCACAAAUCAUUUGGACAUGCAGAGUAUUGAUGCACUUGCUGAUGCACUAGAUGAGUUUACCGGUGGGGUUGUCCUUGUCAGUCAUGAUUCUAGAUUGAUAUCACGUGUUUGUGACGAUGAAGAGAAGAGUGAAAUUUGGGUCGUUGAUAAUGGAAGUGUGGAGACAUUCCCUGGUACUUUUGAGGAAUACAAGGAGGAGCUCCAAAGGGAAAUCAGAGCCGAAGUUGACGAUUGAUGUGGGCAUCCAUGGGUUACUAGCAGAUGCCAAACUUGAUCAAUGGCUGGUAUUGGCUGAAAAAUGAUCCUCUAUUCUACAAGUUAG